GCCUUCUUCCAUCGCUCCUUUUCAUCCUCUAUAGAGUUUUACGGUGACUUCCGGGUUCGAAGUGGACUGACGUCCUCCCCUACACCAUUUAGAAGAAAUGGAGCAAGAGCCACAAAAUGGAGAACCUGCUGAAAUUAAGAUUAUCAGAGAAGCAUACAAGAAGGCCUUUAUAUUUGUUAAUAAAGGACUGAAUACAGAUGAAUUAGGUCAGAAGGAAGAAGCAAAGAACUAUUACAAGCAGGGAAUAGGGCACUUGCUCAGAGGAAUCAGCAUUUCAUCGACAGACCCUGAGCACACAGGCCCUGGGUGGGAAUCUGCUAGACAGAUGCAGCAGAAGAUGAAGGAGACACUACAGAAUGUGCGCACCAGGCUGGAAAUCCUAGAGAAGGGUCUUGCUACUUCCUUGCGGAAUGAUCUUCAGGAUGUGCCCAAGUUAUAUCCAGAAUUUCCACCUAAAAACACACAUGAAAAGUCACCAGAACCACAGUUGCUUAGUUCACCACCUCAGCACACUGAAAUAAAUGGAAAUACUCCAGUUACAAGUGCAGGGGCAGUGGCUGCACCUGCUUCUCUAUCCUUACCAUCUCAAAGCUGUCCAGCAGAAGCACCUCCUGCUUACACUCCUCAGGCUGCUGAGGGUCACUACACUGUAUCCUAUGGAACAGAGUCUGGGGAGUUUUCAUCAGUUGGAGAAGACUUUUAUCAGAAUCAUUCUCAGCCACCUCCUCUUGAGACUUUAGGGCUAGAUGCAGAUGAGUUGAUUUUAAUUCCAAAUGGAGUACAGAUUUUUUUUGUAAAUCCUGCAGGGGAGGUUAGUGCACCUUCAUAUCCUGGGUACCUUCGAAUUGUGAGGUUCUUGGAUAAUUCUCUUGAUACAGUUCUAAACCGUCCUCCUGGAUUUCUUCAGGUUUGUGACUGGUUGUAUCCUCUAGUUCCUGAUAGAUCUCCUGUUCUGAAAUGUACUGUGGGAGCCUACAUGUUUCCUGAUACGAUGUUACAGGCAGCAGGAUGCUUUGUCGGAGUCGUGUUGUCCUCUGGGAUACCAGAAGAUGAUAGGGAACUGUUUGAGGAUCUGUUAAGACAAAUGUCUGACCUUCGUCUCCAGGCCAACUGGAACAGAGCAGAAGAAGAAAAUGAAUUCCAGAUCCCUGGAAGAACUAGAUACCCCUCUGACCAAUUGAAGGAAGCCUCUGGCACUGAUGUGAGACAGUUAGGUCCUUCAUUGGACCACGGCAAUAAGGAUGUGCGUCAUAAAGGAAAACGUGGGAAAAAAGUUAAAGAUACUUCAAGUGAAGAAGUUAAUCUGAGUCACAUUGUACCCUAUGAGCCAGUUUCAGAAGAAAAAGCAAAAGAAUUACCUGAAUGGAGUGAGAAAAUGGCUCAAAAUAUUUUGUCAGGUGCUUCCUGGGUGAGUUGGGGGUUAGUCAAAGGUGCUGAAUUUACUGGCAGAGCAAUCCAGAAAGGUGCUUCUAAACUCCGAGAACGGAUUCAACCAGAAGAGAAACCAGUGGAAGUUAGUCCAGCUGUCUCCAGAGGACUUUAUAUAGCGAAGCAAGCUACAGGAGGAGCAGCGAAAGUCAGUCAGUUCCUGGUUGAUGGAGUUUGCACUGUAGCAAAUUGUGUUGGAAAAGAACUAGCUCCACACGUCAAGAAGCAUGGAAGCAAACUUGUUCCAGAAUCUCUUAAAAAAGACAAAGAUGGGAAAUCUCCCCUGGAUGGUGCUAUGGUUGUAGCAGCAAGUAGUGUUCAAGGAUUUUCAACUGUCUGGCAGGGAUUGGAAUGUGCAGCUAAAUGCAUUGUUAACAAUGUUUCAGCAGAAACUGUACAGACUGUCAAAUACAAAUAUGGGCACACUGCUGGAGAAGCUACACACAAUGCAGUGGAUUCUGCCGUCAAUGUUGGCGUAACUGCCUAUAACAUCAACAACAUAGGUAUCAAAGCGAUGGUGAAGAAAACCGCAACACAGACAGGACACACUCUUCUUGAGGACUACCAAAUAGUUGAUAAUUCUCAGAGGGAAAAUCAAGGAGCAGCAAAUGUAAGCAUGAGAGAGGAGAAGGAUGAGCAGAUGAAGAAAGGGAAGAAGAAUGAGGCAAAGAAGAAAGAUAAAUGAUGGACGUGCUGGGACUCGCCUAUACCAAAGCCUUACGAGAUUGAUGAAAUUUUGUUCAGCAGGUAAAUGGGGAAUUCCCCACAGAUAUAACCAGUGUUUUUUUUAAAGUAUUCAUUCCUACAAAGUGACUAAUGAAUUUUAUGGCAUGUGUUCAGCUUAAAAAGAGAAGAAUCGGUAUUCUUGGCAUCUAGCCUUUAGAAAUAUACAUUCUCAAUAAGUUUAUCUUUUUCCAAAUGUAGCUGAAAUAUUUUUGCAGUUAAAAUAAAGCUAAUAAUGUGCUAUAAGCCUCAUUAAAUCUAAUGUUAAAGUAUAUCUGUAUUUGUUAUCUUUCAGAAAGCUAAGUAGGAAAUUAUAUAUUGACUUAAAAUUUGUCAUUUAGUAACCUCAGUUCUAUUUGUACUGAAGGAAUGAAUUAAAAUAAUGUCUUCUCUUUUGCACUAAUUGUGGAUUCUUUUUUAGAUGCUCAUCAAAAUUUUCAGUGUAUAAGCUAAGCAAAAACUGUAAUCCCUUGGAAACUUGAGAAUUCUCAGAUAACAUUUUUAAAAACUUCAAAACAGGGAAGAGACUGGUGAAGAAUAAAAUCAGGUUCUAUAAAAUUAUUUGAUAGCUUACAUGUUUGUUAGGAAGCAGGAUGGUCUUUUUCAUUUAAAAUGAAAGUAAUAGAUUUUUAAGGAUUUUAUAUUGAGACUGGUACUGAUUUAUUAAGAGCCAGGAAAUUUGGGGGCAUAAUUGGUAUUAAAAUUUGAAGUGAUUAUUAUCAGUUUAAUUGGACUCUUAAAUACUCUUAAGAAAUGUUUUGGACAUAUCUGCUUUGUAAGCUUUUCAAAAUGGCUAAAACUUGGUGAAAACUAAAACAAUUGAUGCUAAAUGUAUUUUUAUUUUAGUCAUUGGAAUUUGUAUUAAAAGCCAGUAAGUUAUUAAAAAGGAAAGGUUCUAUCACUGUAAGGUAAACAAUGUGAAAAUGGUGGGUAAACAUAGUAGUUUCCACUUUGGCAGGAUACUUACCUUUAAGCUAUAAAUAUGCAAGUAAAUACCUAAUGGCAUUUUAUUUUUAUUUACUGAAUUUAUUAGUUUUCAUAGCUGUUGCCCAUUCUUACCAUUUCUGAACCCCUCGUGGCUGUUAGUAGACUUUAUUUGAAGUGUCUGAAGAAUGCACUUGUGAAUAAAAAUUAAAUUGCUUGGCCUCA